AUGCUUGUGAGACAAAAUACAAAUAGGUCAUUUAAUUUCACACCUAAAGAGCAGCCAAAACCAAUAUUGAAUGUCCCUUAUCUUAUGAUUACAAAUGCGCCUGGUUCUCCUGAUGCUCUCUCAUAUAUAGUAUCAAUUCUGAAUUCUCCACCUCCUUCAAGAACACUUAAUACUUUAAAAACCUUGAUGUUUGUUACUAAAGAUAUACCUUUUUUCACUAAAAUAAAACAAGAAUAUAAUGAAGAUGCUCACAAAAAUUGCUGUCAAUAUAUGUGUUACUUUUUUAGUAAAAAAGGUGAAUUUGUUAUAAACGCUGGAGAGUAUGGGGACACCUUUUAUAUUAUUUUGCAAGGAGUCGUGAAAGUAUUAGUCCCAACGUCUAGCCCAGGGCAGCCAGACACUUUGAUUGAAGUUGCUACAUUGGAGGCUGGAUCCGCAUUUGGUGAGCUUGCACUUUUGAAAAACCAGCCUAGGGCAGCAAGCAUUAUUUGUACAGAAGACUGCCAUUUUGCUACGCUCAGCAAAGAGCCUUAUUUGAGAAUUUUAGGAAAAUUAACUGCACAGAAACUCGAUGAGUUAGUUAGUUUUUUAUCCAAGCUUCCUGUAUUUUCAAGCUGAACUGCUAAGUCUUUAGUAAACCUAAGCUAUUAUUUCACACAAGUAAAAUUCACAAGGAAUCAAGUUAUAUAUAGCGAAGGCGACCCACCAGCCUGCGCGUAUAUUAUAAGAGAAGGAGAAGUUCAAUUGACAAGGUCAUAUAAAAUUCAAAUACCAAGCAAUAAUAAAUCGCUAUGCACAUUGAAAAAUCGCAUAAAAAAACACCAAAAAAUCAAAGUAGCUAUAUUAACAAAAGGAGAAAUGUUUGGUGAUGCUGAAUUAUUAAGCAAUAAUCCAAGAAGUUAUACUUGUACGUGUAGCUCCAGUGAAGUCGAUUUACUUACAAUAAGUAAAUUAGAAUUUAAACGAAGAAUAAUAAAAGAAGAGUCCAUUUUCUACAUAAUGAAAAAAAAUAAAAUCAAAGAAGAAUGCAGAGAAACCACCUAUGGAGGAGUUGCUGGGAUUAAUAUUCAAAAAUCUAAGGUCAUUGAGCCUUUAAAAGAUAUAGAAACUCAUAAAGACAGCUCAAUUAUUAAUGAUCUGAAAACGCUGAGUCCAUCAUAUUUUCAAAAAAUUCAUCAUGAUUCGCCAAAACUGCUAAAAGUGCCUACAUUUGACAAAAUUUCUAAAAGCCAAUUAAGCCCGAAAUUGAUGAGGUCUAUACCAUCAUCCCCAAGAAAAAGCAGAAGAUCUUUAACUGAAAGAGACUCAUUAGGGAUUACUCCAAGAGCAAUAAGAAACACACCGAAAUUGAAUUUGGAGCUUUUAGAAACCAGCACAAAAGGCACAAAAAGUUCAGGGUUGCCAAGCAUAAGGCAUGCCCCAAUAUCACCAAGAGAGCUGAAAUAUUAUAUGAAUUUUCGAAGUGACUCACCAAUCUAUUAUCCAAUGACAUCAAGACAGUAG